AACGAAUGCCGCAUGUUUCGUAUUCAGUUUGGUGGAGAUUCAAAAGAGCAGGCGCUGGAACACUGCUAUAAUUGUGUGCAGAAACUUGCAGACUAUGUAACAGUUCAGGGAGCAGAUGAGCAAAGCCAAGAGCUGCACCAAGGUCAUAGUCAGCUGGAUAACAGUGAAAGUCGAGUGAAGGACUUUGAACAAAACACAUCGAUGCUGCAUGGACCAAGUCACAUUAUAGAUAAGCCUCCAGCCCAGUCAUGCAGAAGCUUUCCAGAGAGACAGAGAUCCGUGACAGAGCUAGCACAGUCUGUGCUGAAAUCAUCAACAUUUGCGCUCCCCCUUGCAUAUCAGCAUUCUGUGUGGAGUGCUGAAGAAUUAGGACCUUUUAUUCGCCUAUGUCUCAUGGAUCAGAACUUCCCGGCAUUUGUGGAAGAAGUGGAAAAGGAGUUGAAAAAACUGACAGAAGGUUGAGGAAAUGUUAAUACAGUAUUUCAGAUUUUCAUCCAAUAUGAAAAGAAAUAUCUUCAGUUUUAUUUAUGCCAAUGAAUUAUAAAUAGCAUUUUCCUGUCAAAAGAGGAAACUGGUAAAACAUGUAUACUGGCCACUGUAAUAGUGAACUGGAUAUUUUUAAACAGAGUCAACAGUAGAGGCAGUCUGAUGCUGUCUGCAGUACACUGGACUGAAGCCAGGGACACACUAUGGUGGUGGUUAGAGGAGAGCGCAACCUGCCGUGACUCUGGAAUGGAAAGCAUAUAUGCUGCCAUCAGAGAAUGUUACAAGCAUCAUACCUCCAAAAAGCAAGUAAUGGAAAACAGUUUUAAUCUAGUCUACAGAACUAGAAAAUUUGUGUAAUAGAAACUUAUCCAGAAGUGCUUUGGGAAUUGCUUUAUUUUCCAAAUGUUUUUCAUAUUCAGCCAAUAAUGGACCAUUUUAGGUCUGCUUUUCAAACUGUACGUUGAUGACCUGGAGCUAAUUGGGACUUUAAUGGCUAUCUCAUCCAGUGUAGACCUAUUCUUACCCACUUGUCAGUUACAUAGUCAUGUUUGUGACAUUUAUAGGUGGAGCUGAAUGAAAUAAUGGGAACCAAGUGAACAACAAGGCUUUUUACAGGACUUGUUGGGUGCUUUCGUACCUAUCCUGGGAAUAUAUGGAAAUUACUAACCACAGCUGUUUGA